UAUAGCAGCCCCCUCUAGUGCAAAUGGACGUGCCCUUUCACGGAUGAUAUCUCGCUCUCUUGGCCGAGACCAGAACUACGUUCUUUAAUCUUACUUAGCGUUACAUACCUUGGUGUUGCUUGAAAAUGUCGAACCUCCGAAGUUUUCUCAAAACGUACCAAACAGGGCAGAUAGUAGACGACUUCCCCGACGCUCGCCAGGGAGAACUGCAGCGUACUGUUGUGAGGGUGGGCCUUUUUGGCCUCACAGGUUCGGGAAAGAGCUCGUUUGUCAACACAGUGCUGAGGUGUUUGGGGGGUAAGGACGGGAUCGAAGAAUUGGCGAUGGUGCAAAGCAGCGGCGCAGAAGGAACGGUGAUCGUGGAGGAAUUUGCAUUCGGAGGAGAGGGAACAGAUAAACCUGGCUUCUUUCUUUUGGACACCCGAGGGUUUGACAAGUUGGGUGAUGAAGCACAAAAUGAAAUGCUGGCCAUUCUGAAUGGAGACAUAAGAGGUGGUCAAUUCAUAGACAGAGGAAAACCUACAGAGACCUCCAUGACAGGACAAGACUACAAGUUAAGUCGGGAGGUACAUGUGGUACUGUGGUUUGUCAAGGGCAGUGACCCUCGUCUGCAGAGUGGGACAUAUCAGAGCCACAUGGCAUUUCUAAGGAUGAUGCUUGUUAAGAGAGCUGUGAGGACACUGACGAUCAUCACACAUAAUGAUGAGCUGCAGAGAAGGGGCUGCACGGAUGAACAGCGUCGCAACAUCAUUGAUUUUGCAGGAGAGAUCACAGGAAGUGAUCAAGACCAGACCUAUUUCCUAACAAAUUACAUAGAUGGGAAACCCUUCCCUAGUGAACAGGAACACCAGGUUCUAGACAUAGUCAAGACAGCUCUUACUUCAGCAGAGUAUACCAUUAGAAUGAGACAAUCCAAAAGAAAUAAGCAAGAGAGGGAUGCAAAACCACAUUAGCUGUGCUGACAUAUCUGAAACUCAUGUAUGAAAAAGAGUUUUACGACAUCAUACAUUUCUCAAAUGAUGUUAACCUUUAAUGAUGACAUAUCAUAAAGUUUUCUCUGUGA